AUGGCUUCAAAGAAAGUAGUUUAUUCAGUAUUAGGUUUGAGGAUUGUGACUCUCUUAUUCCUAGCCGCUUCUCUGGUGGUUCUGAUCACUGAUGAUUUCAAGUUCAGCGAUGGCUCCAAAUUAUCCUUUACUGAUAUACAAGCUUACAGGUACGUAGUGGCCGUGAUGGGCAUUGGUUUUUUAUACACACUGAUUCAACUCCCUUUUGCAAUAUAUUUUGCUGCCACCGAGAAGAGGUGGAUUAAAACUGGCUGCCUACCGGACUUUGAUUUCUAUGGAGAUAAGGUGGUUAGCCUCCUUUUGGCAUCUGGAGUUGGAGUUGGAUUCGGAUAUGCCGUUGACUCCAAAACCUCAAUAAAGCAAACAUUUUCUGUCUUUGGGCAAACUGGUCGCUUCGAUCCUCGGAUCUUGGAUGAAUUCCGAUCCAAAAAUUUGAAGUUUCUAAAUAGGGCUCUAAUUGCCAUUGGCAUUCUUCUUGGCGGGUUUGUAACAAUGACAGUUACCUCUGUCAUUACAUCAAUUAAGAGGUCAGAAAAGGGUGGAUUGUUCAGAUAA